AUGUCGACCACUCGAUGGACAGACUUUGUCAACGGUGCUACCGUGAUCACACUCGUUCUCAGUGCCAUCUCGUUUCUCCAGGUUGCAGUCACUACUACAAACACCGUAUCUGCCAGUAGUAGUCUCAAGGCCGCCAAAGAGAAGCUCGACGAGAUCGAUGAGAUUAUUAAGGCUCUCAACCCAGAAGACCACGACAAGAUAGAGAAACUUCAGCCUCGACUCUUGGUCGAAACACGAGCGGAAGUCAAUAUGCUUCGCAAGAAGGUUGAGAAGCUCCAGGCGGACCUCUAUUCGGCCAAAUUCACCUAG